AUGCCUCUCGAUAAUAGCCUCUCGCGAAAUCACGACUCAUUCAUCUUCAAGAAGGAGACGAGGGCCACCGGCCCCGGGUUUCACGACAUCUCCCUUGUGAUGAUGGACGAUGCUCGAUACGCCAAACGAGCACGCCAGGCCUGUGAGCCAUGUCGUCGCAAAAAGUCAAAGUGCCCAGGCGAGCGUCCGACAUGCUCAUAUUGUGAGCGACUGGGACAACAAUGCGUCUACAAUGCGCCUGGCGGCGAAGUUCCCGACUCUCAACUCUCUAGACACAAUAGAGAGAUGGUUCGUAUCCCAAGUCUUGGUCUGGGCUGGGAUUAUGACAGCCCCGUGUCCCAUCAUACCCAACCAUCAGUAGCCUCUCGCCAUGUGCUCUCCCCGAGACUAAGCGUGUCUCUUGAAGAGAUAGGUCCGAAGCCCGAUUCAGGUCCUCCGGUAUGGAGUCCCAGGAGCCCAUCAAGUGCCGCUGAGGCGCAGUUGAUGGACACCGGGCGUCGCUACCUAUUAUGGUUUCACGCCCAACCCAUCACGCUCUUCGCCGAGGAUACCUUCCUGCAGUCUCUCACCUCGCGAGAUCCCGAGCUGAUCCUGUCGCUGCAGGCCCUGGUCUUCAGAUGUCCGCCGGGCGCCCUCACAAGCCAGAUGAAAGAGCAAUUAGAUGACACCGCGAGAUCUGCUCGCCGCAUGGUCAUGGAGAGGGUCACGGAAGGGCGGGUCGAGCUGUCGACGCUACAAUCCUUAUGCCUACUGAGCAUUUUCGAUUUCGCCACUGGUAACAUUACGCAGUCCGGGCUCAGCAUAACCACCGCGAGCCAUCUCGCCCACAGCAUCCCACCGACUAACAAUCCCAACAAGUCACAAGAGAGGAACUACUGCCUUCGGACAAUCAUAGUCCUCCAGCAUCUCCAGGGUUGUAUAAUGCCCGCCCCGAGGCUAAUGAGCUCCCUCCCGAGCUCCUCCAACAGCGGCGCCCACGUCCUCGGCCUCACAGCGUACUGCGGAAUACCAGAGUACCAACUCGACGACAACCCGGACAAGAGUAUCUCCACCGUCGCUUCCGAUUUCUGCGUGGUCUGGAGAAUGGCCCGGGCCUACGCCGCGUCCAGAGUCAGCCCCGACGCGCCGCCGCCCUGGGACUCUCGUUCCGACUACUCCAUGGUCCUGCAGAGCCACCACGACAUUGACUGCCGCGCACCGCAGAGGUUCCGCUUCGUGGCGAACCGGAUAGACCAGCAGAGUCCUGAAUCCCUGCAGGCACAGCGGAAGUAUUGGAUACCCUUCCUCUUCAGCCAGUUCGUCCACGAGACCAUCCCCUGCCUCCUGAACCACCCGUUCCUGCUGUCCAUGCGCCUGCGACAUUUCCGCCACACCAUCCCCGUCCAUUUUAUCCAGCAGUCCUUUGAGAGUAUGAAUCGUACCGCCGGCUGGAUCAUCUUUUUCCUGGAUGUCAUUGAGAAGAAGUCACUGCCGGUCAUGGAUCCGGUCAUGGCACACUGCGUCGUCAUCGUGGCGACUAUCCACCUCCAGCACAGUUUCGUCCACGACCCAAUACUCCGGAGCAGAGCAAAGUCUGGGUUCGAAAAGUGCAUGAACUUUUUACUCAAAACAGGAGCCGUCUGGCCAAGUGUUGCCAACAUGGCAAGUAACCUACGAAGACUUCAAGACAGCGUCGUCAUGAAAUCGCCACCAGACCGUGGCGACAACACCUCCCAGAACCGCUCCUUCUCCAUAAACACCCAGCUCCUCUGGGACCUCCUCAUCUACGACAGGGCCUGCAGGCCCGACGCCGGCUGGGACCAGUCCAUGUUCGGCCCGACUCUCCGCUCCGACGCCCGCGAACUCUCCGCCGAGACAAGUGCCGCCGAGUUCGACCUCGUCGGCUCCGCCGGCAUCUCGGGCCACAAGGCGGUGCCCAACGAUGUGGGCAUGUACGCCCCCAACGACGAUAUCGCGCCUGUCGCGCUGCCGGAGCACCCGACACCGAAUCUGGUCGGGCAGGGUCUGGGGGGCAUGGGUCCGUCAUUUGAGGAUAUAUUUUUUGAGGGCGUGGGACCAUUUGGGGACCAGUCGAAGAGGUUCAUUGAGGCGAAUGAUUAUGGCAGAGCGAUUGAUGAUUGGUUAAAUCUUGAGAAUUAG